UUUUCCUUCUUUGGGUCCUUUGUUCAAUUGCUUCUCCAGGGAUGCAAUCAUUCGCUACUCCCAUAAAGUUGAAAUGCUUCCAUUCUUUGCUUGCUAUCGGAGAAACCCCUAAAAGCCGAUUAAUUCCUCCACAUCAACAAGCAAAGGAUCUCUACACACACUCUCUCUAUAUCUAAAUUCCAAAAUACAAAUAUGAAUCUGGAUUACACAUUCUUCAGCAGCUUUCGUGACAGAGCAAGAGAUAGUUCCCACAAAUUUCAGGUGGAGAUCAGGGGUGUUCACGGAGUUGGACGGUGGGGAUGGCGAGUACGAGUGGGACCAAAGAUGAGGUGGGUCCACCGAGGUCGUUGUCGAGGAGGAUGACGAGGACUUCCACCAUGUUUGAUCCAAAUGCUGAUGGGGUUGACAGCGAGCUUGUCCCAUCUUCCCUUGCCUCUAUUGCUCCCAUCCUUCGUGUUGCAAAUGAGGUCGAGAAGGAUAAUGACAGAGUUGCUUAUUUGUGUCGGUUUCAUGCAUUUGAGAAGGCCCACAGGAUGGAUCCUAAAUCUAGUGGACGUGGUGUCCGCCAAUUCAAGACCUAUCUGUUACAUAGACUUCAGAAGGAAGAAGAAAAGACAAGACCUCGAUUAGCAAAAAAUGACCCUAGGGAAAUCCAGAAAUACUACCAAAACUUCUACGAGAAGAAUAUCAAAGAGGGCCAAUACACAAAGAAACCUGAGGAGAUGGCAAAGAUCUAUCAGAUUGCGACGGUUUUGUAUGAUGUACUUAGGACGGUAGUACCUGCUGCAAAAGUUGAGGCUGAGACUCAACAAUAUGCAAAAGAUGUAGAGGAAAACAGAGAACAAUAUGAACACUAUAACAUUCUUCCUUUAUAUGAUGUUGGAAAUAAACCAGCAAUUAUGGAGCUUCCUGAGAUCAAAGCAGCUCUUCGUGCAAUUCGCAAUAUGGAUAACCUUCCAGCUGUUAGAAGGGUAGGAGACAGAGACAAACCUGUUAAUGAUAUUCUUGAGUGGUUGUCAUCAGUUUUUGGAUUUCAGAAAGGAAACGUUGCUAAUCAACGGGAACACUUAGUACUGCUACUUGCAAAUAUUGAUAGAAGGUCUACGGGUGUUGAAGAUUAUGGGCAGUUGGAUAGCCAUACCGUAAAGCAUUUAUUGGAUAAAACUUUCAAGAACUAUGUCUCAUGGUGUCACUAUCUGCACUGUACAUCAAUCCUUGAAUCACGUGAGGUUCCACCUACUGCUGAUACUGAUAGUCAGCAGUUACAGCUUCUCUACAUUGGACUCUAUCUGCUUAUCUGGGGUGAAGCUUCAAAUAUCCGGUUCAUGCCUGAAUGCAUUUGCUAUAUUUUCCAUAAUAUGGCAAAGCAAAUGCAUGGAACUUUAUUUGCCAAUGUCCAACCUGUGAGUGGAGGCACAUAUCAAGCAGAACCACUUCAUGAGGAAGCAUUUUUGCAUGAUGUUGUGAAACCUGUUUAUGAGGUUCUACGCAAGGAAGCCAGAAGAAAUCAAGGUGGCAAAACAAGUCAUGCUUCAUGGAGAAACUAUGAUGAUCUUAAUGAAUAUUUUUGGUCUGACAAAUGCUUUAAGUUAGGCUGGCCAAUGGACCCCAAGUCUGACUUUUUUGUUCACUCCGAUGAAUCAUCGCGGACUCAUGCAGGGCGCAACCAAGUAGUAUCUGGAAAGAAGAAACCUAAAACAAACUUUGUUGAAGUGCGCACAUUUUUGCACCUUUACAGGAGUUUUGAUCGGAUGUGGAUAUUCCUUAUAUUGGUCUUUCAGGCUAUGGUAAUUCUUGCAUGGCAUGAAGACGGAUCGAUUUUUGGAAUAUUUGAUGAGGAUGUCAUUAAAAAUAUCUUAAGCAUAUUCAUUACUUAUGCUGUACUCAACUUUAUUCAAGCUACUCUAGAUAUAAUCCUUAGUUUCAGUGCGUGGAGGAGCUUGAAACCUACCCAGAUUCUUCGCUACCUUUUCAAAUUUAUUAUAGCUGCCUUUUGGGUUGUCAUACUGCCUGUUUGUUAUUCAAGAUCUGUUCCGAAUCCAACUGGACUUGUGAGGUUUUUCAGUACUCUGGGAGGAAAUUGGAGGGAGCAAUCCCUUUAUAACUAUCUUAUAGCAAUUUACUUGAUACCCAACAUACUGGCUGCCUUGCUGUUUCUGCUUCCACCUGUAAGGAGAUCCAUGGAACGCUCGAAUUGGCGUAUAGUCACUCUUCUUAUGUGGUGGGCUCAGCCAAAACUCUAUGUUGGAAGAGGCAUGCAUGAGGACAUCUUUUCUCUUUUCAAGUAUACACUAUUUUGGAUAAUGCUGCUUAUAAGCAAGUUUGCGUUCAGCUACUAUGUGGAGAUAUUGCCAUUGGUCUCACCCACGAAGUUAAUCAUGGACAUGUCUGUUAGCAGCUAUGAGUGGCACGAAUUCUUUCCCAAUGUGACCCAUAAUAUUGGCGUUGUUAUUGCUAUUUGGGCUCCAAUUGUCUUGGUCUAUUUCAUGGACACACAAAUUUGGUACGCAAUAUAUGCUACUAUUAUUGGUGGAAUCUAUGGGGCCUUCAGCCACUUGGGUGAGAUUCGGACACUUGGGAUGCUACGCUCGCGAUUUGAGUCGGUUCCUUCAGCUUUCUAUGAGCGCCUUGUGCCAAUGCAGAAAGAACCUAGAAGAGAACAUGCUCUACAGGAAGAUGACUCAUUGGUGAGAAAGAACAUAGCAAAAUUUUCGCAGGUGUGGAAUGAAUUCAUAUUUUCAAUGAGGAUGGAAGACUUGAUCAGCGACAGCGAGAGAGAUCUACUUCUUGUACCAUAUACUACAAGCGAUGUCCCAGUGGUCCAGUGGCCACCAUUCCUGCUCGCUAGUAAGAUCCCAAUCGCAUUAGACAUGGCCAAAGAUUUUAAAGGAAAGGAAGAUGCAGACUUAUUCAGGAAGAUCACUACCGAUGAUUAUAUGCGUUCAGCAGUUAUAGAGUGCUACCAAACACUGAAGGAAAUAUUAUUUGGCCUUCUGGAUGAUGAACGGGAUAGUAUGAUCUUAUCGCACAUAUGCCAUGAAAUAGAAACUAGCAUUGAACAGCGAACGUUUUUGAGUAAAUUUCGCAUGAGUGAAUUGCCUUCGCUCAAUGAUAAGUUGGAGAAAUUCUUAGAACAUCUUCAAGCAGACAAUGUUGAUGCUGAGAAAUACGCAUCCCAAAUCAUCAAUGUCCUUCAGGAUAUUAUGGAGAUUAUCACUCAAGAUGUUAUGAACAACGGGCAUGAAAUACUUGAAAGAGCCCACUCUCAUCAUCAGGAUAAUGACAAAAAGGAAAGAUUUGAAAGAAUCAAUUUCCGACUAACUCAAAUCAGAUCUUGGAAGGAAAAGGUGGUGAGGCUUCGUUUGCUUCUGACUGUUAAGGAAUCUGCAAUUAACGUCCCCACAAAUUUGGAAGCACGUCGGCGUAUCACCUUCUUUGCGAACUCCUUAUAUAUGAGGAUGCCAAAUGCUCCAGUGGUCCGUAAUAUGCUCUCAUUUAGUGUUUUGACUCCAUAUUACAAAGAAGAUGUUCUAUAUUCCGAAGAGGAGCUUCAUCUUGAAAAUGAGGAUGGAAUUUCAAUUUUAUUUUACCUUCAGAAGAUCUAUCCAGAUGAAUGGAAAAAUUUUGAACAGCGGACUAAAGGUAGCCAAGACAACACAGAAGCCACGCGUCAAUGGGUUUCUUACAGGGGGCAGACGCUUUCCAGAACAGUGAGAGGGAUGAUGUACUACAAGGAAGCUCUUGAACUUCAAUGCUUCCUAGACUAUGCAAAAGACGAUGAGAUUUUUACUGGAUUCCGGACUCUUAAUAUGAAUAAACCCCACAUGGAUCUCAAAGCACGAUCAAGUGCAAUGGCAGAUUUGAAAUUCACCUAUGUCGUCUCUUGCCAGGUUUAUGGUGCUCAAAAGAAAUCUAGUGAUGAGAGAGAUCAAAGUUGCUAUGUUAACAUCUUGAAUCUCAUGCUGACAUAUCCUUCUUUACGAGUUGCAUAUAUAGAUGAGAGAGAGGCUACCGUUGAUGGUAGAUCUCAGAAGGUUUACUACUCUGUUCUAGUCAAGGGUGGGGAUCAUUUAGACGAGGAAAUAUACCGUAUCAAGCUUCCAGGUCCUCCUACAGAAAUUGGUGAAGGAAAACCUGAAAACCAAAAUCAUGCGAUAAUUUUUACUCGUGGAGAAGCACUCCAGACCAUUGACAUGAAUCAGGACAAUUACUUUGAGGAAGCAUUUAAAAUGCGAAAUGUAUUGGAGGAAUUUCAUAAAGAUCAUCAUGGCCAACGUAGACCAACAAUAUUGGGUUUGAGAGAACAUAUUUUCACUGGAAGUGUAUCAUCCCUAGCUUGGUUCAUGUCCAAUCAGGAGACAAGUUUUGUAACGAUCGGCCAAAGGGUUUUGGCAGACCCUCUGAGGGUGCGCUUCCAUUACGGUCAUCCUGAUAUAUUUGAUAGACUGUUCCACAUAACAAGGGGUGGCGUAAGUAAAGCUUCAAGAACCAUCAAUUUGAGCGAGGAUAUAUUUUCAGGUUACAAUUCAACUCUACGUGGGGGUUACGUUACACAUCAUGAAUAUAUCCAAGUGGGCAAAGGCCGUGAUGUUGGUAUGAAUCAGAUAUCCCUUUUUGAGGCCAAGGUUGCAAACGGAAAUGGCGAACAAACACUUAGCCGUGACGUAUACCGACUUGGUCGCCGUUUUGAUUUUUAUAGGAUGUUCUCAUUCUACUUCACCACAGUUGGUUUCUACUUUAGCAGCAUGGUUACUGUGCUUGUCGUUUAUGUCUUUUUAUAUGGACGUAUGUAUAUGGUUUUGAGUGGGUUGGAAAAGAGAAUCAUAGAAGAUGCAACUAUUAGUAGCAACAAGGCGCUAGAAGAGGCUUUGGCAACCCAAUCCGUCUUUCAGCUGGGAUUACUUUUGGUGCUUCCUAUGGUUAUGGAAAUCGGGCUAGAAAGAGGAUUUCGUACUGCAUUGGGCGACUUUAUCAUAAUGCAACUCCAACUGGCUUCUGUAUUUUUCACUUUCCAGCUUGGAACCAAAGCACAUUACUAUGGAAGAACAAUUUUACAUGGAGGUUCCAAAUAUCGAGCUACUGGUCGUGGUUUUGUCGUCUUCCAUGCAAAAUUUGCUGAGAAUUACAGGUUGUAUUCACGUAGUCACUUUGUGAAAGGCUUGGAGCUGGCUAUACUACUGGUUAUUUAUCAAGUCUAUGGGGACUCGUACCGCAGUUCAAAUCUAUACUUGUUCAUCACUUUCUCAAUAUGGUUYYUGGUWUSYUCRUGGYUGUUUGCUCCSUUYGUKUUCAAUCCUUCSGGWUUYGAYUGGCAGAAGACGGUKGAGGAUUGGACKGAUUGGAAGMGGUGGAUGGGKAAUCGUGGCGGCAUYGGKAUUGCACAARAUAAAAGUUGGGAAUCAUGGUGGGAUGCAGAACAGCAGCACCUCAAGUACACAAACAUAAGAGGCCGAAUUCUUGAAAUUAUACUUGCAUUUCGCUUCUUCAUUUACCAGUAUGGACUUGUCUAUCAUCUUAACAUUGCACGUGGCAGCACAAGUAUACUGGUUUAUGGGCUUUCAUGGUUAGUCAUGAUAACUGCUCUUCUAGCCUUGAAGCUGGUAUCAAUGGGCAGACGAAGAUUUGGCACAGACUUUCAACUCAUGUUCAGGAUCUUAAAAGCGCUUCUCUUCCUUGGCUUCCUUUCAAUCAUGACGGUCUUAUUUGUUGUAUGUGGCUUAACCAUCAGCGACAUAUUUGCUGCAUUCCUUGCAUUUUUGCCAACAGGAUGGGCAUUCAUGCUGAUCGGACAAGCGUGCAGGCCCUGUGUAAAAGGCAUAGGAUUUUGGGAUUCGAUAAUGGAGUUGGGACGUGCAUAUGAAUGUGUGAUGGGAUUGGUUAUAUUCAUGCCCAUCGUUAUAUUGUCAUGGUUCCCUUUCGUAUCGGAGUUUCAGACGAGGCUGCUAUUCAACCAAGCAUUCAGCAGAGGUCUCCAGAUUUCUAUGAUUCUUGCUGGAAAUAAGGACAAGGACAAGCCUCAGACUACUUGAUAGCUUGUAAAAGUAACCCAAAGGGAGUUUUGAAUUUUUAGAAUGCUUCAAUCCCAGA